AAAAUGGAUAGCAAAUUUAAGGAAAAGAAGAAACAUCAGCACAAAAACAGUGGGCCAAAGGCGGAUAGAAAAAAAUUUAGGAAGCAGGGAGACUCAACAGAGAAGGAUGAACGCAAACGUAACCCCAAAGCCUUUGCAGUGCAGUCAGCUGUACGCAUGGCUAAAACGUUUCACAGGGCGCAGGAUAUAAAGAUGAAAAAACACCACAUCCCACUUGUUGAUCGGACACCCUUGGAGCCUCCCCCAAUAGUUAUUGUAGUAGUUGGACCCCCCAAAGUUGGAAAAAGCACCCUCAUCCGUUGCCUGAUUAAAAACUUCACGCGCCAGAAGCUAGGAGACAUAUGUGGACCUGUAACCAUCGUCUCAGGCAAAAAGCGCCGCCUCACUUUCAUGGAAUGUAGCAAUGACAUCAAUACAAUGAUCGACCUUGCGAAAGUAGCUGACCUGGUUCUGAUGUUGAUCGAUGCCAGCUUUGGCUUCGAAAUGGAAACAUUUGAGUUUCUGAACAUAUGCCAAGUACAUGGUUUUCCACGCAUUAUGGGUGUGCUCACUCACCUCGAUGCUUUCAAAAACAACAAAACAUUAAGGAAGACCAAGAAAAACCUGAAACAUCGUUUCUGGACUGAGGUUUACCAGGGUGCCAAGCUCUUUUAUCUGUCUGGUAUGGUGUACGGCGAGUAUCAAACACAGGAGGUGAAGAACCUUGGCCGCUUCAUUUCUGUCAUGAAGUUUCGUCCUUUGGUUUGGCAGACAUCCCACCCUUAUGUACUUGUUGAUCGCAUGGAGGAUUUAACCGACCCUGAGAAGAUAAGAACGGAUGUGAAAUGUGAUCGCAGAGUGUCGCUCUAUGGCUACUUGCGAGGCACAUAUUUGAAAAACAAGAGCCAGGUUCAUAUUCCAGGUGUUGGAGACUUUCAGCUUGCCGAUGUGAAUUUUCUGCCUGACCCCUGUCCGCUUCCAGGUGCUCAGAAAAAAAGAGCACUGAAUGAGAAAGAGCGGCUGCUUUAUGCCCCCAUGGCAGGAGUUGGCGGAGUUGUGUAUGACAAAGAUGCUGUGUACAUCGAUCUUCCUGCAUGCCAAGUUAAUCAAGAGAAAGAGGAGAUGAGACCUACCACGGAGCUUGUCCAGUCUCUUAUUGACACACAUGCGACUAUAGAUGCCAAGAUGGCUGCCAGCAAAGUGACGCUUUUCAGUGGCUCUGCUACACUGGACUCCACAGAUGUCGAGUCAGAGAGCAGGGAAAAGAAGGACCUCACUGAGGAGUGUAUCUGGGAUCCCUUGAGCCAAAGAGAGAGGAGAAAGGUGAUCUUCACUGAAGAGAUGGAGAAUGGCGAAAGUGAUGCAAGUGACUCCAGUGAUAAUGAAGACAGUGAGAAUGAAGAAAGUGAUCCCGAAGAGCAGGAUGACACACAUAAACAUGUCGCCAGUUUAACAAAAGAUGCUAAGGAUGGCCCAGCAGUGAAGAAACAGAAGCUGGAGGAGAAUAGCGACCUUAAAGAGGUGGCUGCUGAGUUGCCUGUUUUUGCUGACAGUGAGGAUGACCUCGAGAUGAGUGAGGAUGAAAAGGAAGCUGGGAGAGCAGAAGACUCAGGACAUUGUUCUGAAGAAGAUGGGGAUGAAGAAGAGAGCGGUGAUGACCAAACAGAUGAUGAAGAGCUGUCACAAGUGGAAGAAUCAAGUCAAACCACAGUGGAAAUGAAAGCGAGUGAAAUUGAAGAGGGAAAAGCAGCAGCAGAAGAAGAAUUAGGGGCUCUGCGUUGGAAAGACUGUCUGCAGCAGAAGGCAUCUGAGGCAUUUUUACGCCAUCAAGAAGCUAUGCCCAAUCUCCGAAAACUGGUUUAUGGUUCAGCUGUGGCAAAAGACGAGGUUAAUGACAAUGACGGUGACGAGGAGGAGUUGGGAGGACUCUUUCGCGUCAACCGCCCUCAGAAGAGUAGAAGCUUUCAGGCGAAUGCUCUUGAUUGUUCCCAUUUCAAGCCUGAUUCUUCACAUAACUGGGAUCUUGAAGAGAUGCUGAAUUCCAUCAGGGACUGCUUUGUAACGGGGAAAUGGGAGGAAAGCCAAGAUGCUGCCACACUUCUGAAGGAGAAUGACGAGAUGUUUGGAGAUUUUGAAGACCUGGAAACGGGCGAAGUCCACAAAGGUGAAACUGAGGCACAGAAUGAAGCUGAGAAUAGUGAGAGUGAUAAAAAUGAGGACGCUGAAGAGAUUCCGAUGAAGGUGGAUGAGGAUGAAGUCCAGAAAAACAAACGUUUGGACAGAAAACGCAGGCUGAAAGAGCGAUUUGAUGCAGAGUAUGAUGAUGAAGAUGCCACAUACUUUGAUGACCUGAAGGAGGAGAUGCAGAAGCAGGCAGAGCUGAACAGGAAGGAAUUUGAGGAUCUGGAUGAUGAGACAAGAGUGCAGUACGAAGGUUUCCGGUCAGGAAUGUAUGUCAGGUUGGAGAUCACCUCUCUACCCUGUGAGUUUGUCACCAACUUUGAUCCUCACUACCCCAUCAUUCUGGGUGGCUUGGGCUCCAAUGAGGGGAGCGCUGGAUACCUUCAGAUGAGAUUGAAGAAACACCGCUGGUAUAAUCGCAUUUUGAAGACACGAGAUCCACUCAUCCUAUCCCUGGGCUGGCGUCGCUUCCAGACCAUCCCCCUUUACCAUAUUGAGGAUCACAAUGGAAGACACCGUCUUCUUAAAUACACACCACAGCACAUGCACUGUAGUGCUUCCAUCUGGGGUCCAAUUACACCACAGGGAACCGGAUUCCUGGCUCUGCAAUCAGUGGCGGGAGUUAAAGCCAAUUUCCGUAUUGCAGCCACAGGAGUCAUCCUGGACCUUGAUAAGUCGGUGACCGUGGUAAAGAAGCUAAAACUCGUAGGCUACCCUUACAAGAUCUUUAAGAACACGUGUUUCAUUAAGGGCAUGUUCAAUACGGUACUGGAGGUUGCUAAAUUUGAAGGGGCGUCUGUAAGAACAGUGUCUGGCAUCAGGGGUCAAAUCAAGAAAGCUUUGUCAACGCCACCUGGAUCCUAUAGAGCCACAUUUGAGGACAGGCUACUUAUGAGCGAUAUUGUGUUCCUGCGCUCCUGGUAUCCGGUGUCUGUUCCACAGCUCUACAACCCUGUCACGUCUCUCCUCCUACCUGUGGGUCAGAAGGACACCUGGUCAGGCAUGAGGACACUGGGGCAGCUCAAACAUGACCUGGGAAUCCGCAACAAAGCCAAUCCAGACUCUCUCUACAAGCCUGUGGCCCGGACACAAGCACAUUUCAAUCCACUCCACAUCCCCAAAGAGCUUCAGAAGGCUCUUCCCUUCAAGAGCAAACCAAAACAGCAGCAACGCAAAGGAAAGACACCCAGAGACCUCCGGCGGCCCACCGUGAUCAGAGAGCCUCACGAAAGAAAGGUUGCAGCUCUACUCCAUGCUCUGAGCACAGUUCACCAUUACAAGACAAAGCAAGCAAAAGCAGCUCUACAUGCCAAACACAAGGAGUUCCUGCAGCAGAAAGAGAAAGACGAGGAAGCAAAACUGAAGAGACAGAAGGAAGCUCGUAAAAAACUCUUACGCGUCAUGGGCCAAAAGGACCAAAAGAACCAAAGGUCGAGCCUUAAGGGGGCAUCACAGGAUUACUAA